AUCUUAAUCAUAAUUGCGUAAUUCUAAUGAUUUCUAAUACUAGUACAUUAUUAUUUUCUUCCACACUUUCAUUUCAUGUAUUCUUAUCUUUAUCAAAAACAAACAAAAAGUUGGAAAAUAACAAUUUUGUUGGUUUUUUUCUUAUAAUACUUAAAAAAAAAAAAAAACUGAAUGAUUCUUUUUAGAAUUUUUGUUUAUGGCUCUGAGAUCAGCAACAAAGCUUACGCUUUUCAGUCCUUUACACGGUAGCACUAGUCACUAAUUAUGAUUCGUAAUUAUCCAUAUUCAUUUUUUUCAAACUUGAGAUUUAUUUUUCAGUGGAAAAAUAAAAAGUUGUUAUCUUUAAGAAUAACAAUAAAAAAAGAUUUUUUUAGAAGAUAAAAUUUUGGUGUUGCGUGGAUCAAUUUGAUUGAUCUGCAAAAGGGACAAUCUUUGUUUAUCUUAGGGUUUGUAGAUAAAGGAAGAAGAUCGUUGUGGCAAAGAAGGAAAUCGAUGGCUCCGACGGCGACGCUGGACAACAAUGAGGAGCUCCGGCGACUCAGGGAGGUUAAUAUUGACGAAGCUCCGGGGCGUCGUCGUGUUCGUGAUUCCUUGAAAGAUAUUCAGCUUAAUCUCGAUCAUAUCCUCUUCAAGACACCAGAAAAUGGGAUUAAGACAAAGGAGUCUUUUGAGGUGAAUUCGAGAGGAGUUGAGAUUUUCUCUAAAAGCUGGCUUCCUGAAGCUUCUAAGCCUAGAGCUUUGGUUUGUUUCUGCCAUGGUUAUGGAGAUACUUGCACAUUUUUCUUCGAAGGAAUUGCAAGGAGAUUGGCAUUGUCUGGAUAUGGAGUUUUCGCUAUGGAUUAUCCGGGAUUCGGCUUAUCAGAGGGCUUGCAUGGUUAUAUCCCUAGCUUUGAUCUCCUUGUUCAAGAUGUUAUUGAGCAUUACUCCAACAUUAAAGCGAAUCCUGAGUUUAGUUCUCUACCGAGCUUUCUCUUUGGACAGUCAAUGGGUGGAGCUGUGUCACUCAAAAUACAUCUCAAACAACCAAAUGCGUGGGCCGGCGCAGUCUUGUUAGCACCAAUGUGCAAAAUUGCAGAUGAUUUGGUUCCACCACCUGUAUUGAAACAGAUUUUGAUCGGUCUAGCUAAUGUUCUACCAAAACACAAGUUGGUUCCACAAAAGGAUUUAGCAGAAGCAGGGUUUAGAGAUAUCAGGAAGAGGGAUAUGACACCAUACAACAUGAUUUGUUACAGCGGCAAACCACGGCUACGGACUGCAGUAGAAAUGCUUCGAACAACUCAGGACAUUGAAAAACAAUUGCAGGAGGUAUCUUUGCCGAUAUUGAUUCUACAUGGAGAAGCUGAUACAGUGACAGAUCCUUCAGUGAGCAGAGAGUUGUACGAGAAAGCCAAAAGUCCAGACAAGAAGAUAGUUUUGUAUGAAAAUGCUUAUCAUUCUCUGCUCGAAGGCGAACCAGACGACAUGAUUCUCCGUGUCUUGUCCGAUAUUAUCUCGUGGCUCAAUGACCAUAGCUUGCAAGCUGAGGGAUCAUCUGUUACUACUAUGUAGAGAUUAUGAACUCAUUUGUUUCGUUUUUAGGUUCUCAUUUACCUAGUGAAGAGUAUUUCUCAACGAAUAAGCAAAUAAAUGGUCAUUGUUUGCGAUCAAGUUUACAGGAUUGUUCCUUUUGAGGAGCAGAGAAUUGUUUAACUUCGCAACUAUAUCUGCAAGUAGGAUGUAAAUUCGUGUCAAAUAAAUUAUUUUCUUUUGAAUAAUUUGCAAAUUUAGUGUCAUCUUCUAUGCUUGGAUAAGUUAUGACUUAUGAGACGUCAGUGAAAGCAAAG